AUGACUGCGCACAACUGCGACAACAUGCUGGCCAAGCUAGCCGUCGCGGGGCCAUUUGUGGACAGCGACUGUAAGGACCCUCAGAGCCACAGCGCCUCGACCUCUUCCUCUCUUGCGGGAGACCUGGGCUUCGACUUUGAAGCCCUGGACCUACAGGAUGAGACUGCUGUGCCAGAGCUGAGAUUGCCCAUGAUGACAGAUCCAGAGAUGGGCCACAAUUUCGAGGCUCUGCCCCAGCUCGACCGACUUUCUCCGGGAAUCGGAGGCCCACUGAAGAGCACCAAGUCCGUGGGUUUCGAGCUGGCUGUGCCAUUGCCAGAAAGUCCCCUACGCUCCCGAUCUGUGCCCAACCACUGGAGGAUUCGUGCGCAACUGGAGCCGCCGACACCACUGCGAAGGUGCAGAAGUGCUCAUGCCGGAGGUCUUGGCUUCUGCCCGGGCAGCCUCAGCAGCAUUGCGACCUCUCCCCACUCGGAUGGCUUCACGGAGGACCUGGAGAUCUUGCCGACUGAACGAGGCCUCCGCGUGGGAGUCGUCGUGAGCGGAUCCCGCGGCGACGUGCAGCCGCACGUUGCACUGGCCUUGGACCUACGGAGUCUGGGUCACCAGGUACGGAUCUUCACCAACUCCAACCAUGCAGCCCUUUGUGCCCGGCAUGGUGUGGAAAUGGUCUCGGUGUUUGCCGAUUCACAGGCCUGUAUCGAGCAGAUUGGCGGCGUGUCGGGGGAAACCCUCCUGGCAUCUCUGAAGAGCGUCUCCCGUGCCCAGCGCGCGGCCAAGGUCUGGUUCGAGGACCACCCCGGCAAAUGCACGGCGCUGGAGGAUGCUUUAGAAGACUUCGCGCCGGAGGCCCUUCUCACCAGCAACGAGGCUUGCGCAGCCGCCGUGCGCUACGAGAAGCUCACCGGCACACCGACCAUCUUUGCGUGCUUCUUCCGUGCGAUGAUGGAAUUCCAGUCGAGCAUGCUACAGAUGCAGCCGCCGCGUCCUGCAUUUCUCGCUGCCAGCGGGCUGCUUGAUGAGGAGGCUUCGCUGACGGAGGCCGACAGCUGCCUCGUCCAGACAGGCCCCUGGUUCUUGGAGGAUCAGCCGACUCAAAAAGAGCUCGCUGAAGGAGACCUGGCACGGCUGCGCAGUUUUCUUGAUGCAGGGAGUGCCCCGGUAGCCGUCUGCUGGGGGUCCAUGAUUCCUGAGGGCAUGGAGCCUCAAUCAAUGCUGCGGUUGGCGCUGGAGGCACUACGGCUUAUGCGGCGUCGCGGAGUCGUGGUUGGUGGGUAUGCGCGGCUUGACGAGUUGGGAGAUCGGUUGCUGAAUGGUGACCUGGUCGACGAGGGAUGGAGUGAUCUGGCGGAAUUUGCGCGAAGCAGCGUGUGCUUCGUUGCCGAUGUGCCUCAUACCUGGCUGCUUCCACACUGCAGCUGCUUGGUUCACCACGGUGGUGCGGGAACAGUGCAGACAGCCAUGCGUGCAGAAGUCCCGUCGGUGGUGACGCCAGUCUUUGUCGAUCAGUUCGACAAUGCUCGAGCAGUGUCGAGACUUCGUGCCGGUGUUGGCUUCGAGGAGCCUCUGUCGAAGGUCUCCGCCAGCCAGCUGGCCGAAGCUAUCGCGGCAGCCGAACUGCAGCAGCCCGAGGUUGAACGCCUCGGAGAACGACUGCGCAGCAGUGGUGGCAGCAAGGAGGCGGCUGCGCAACUCGAUGCCUUCUUGAGGGAGGAGGUGUCAGAAGGGCACUUCGCGCGUCAG